UAAACCCCUGCGGACACGACCCAUCCCGGCCCUGCGAGGGGGUGUCGCUACCUCGGGCCCACGGCUCCGUGAGGCCGAAACGGGGACGCGGGCGAGACCGAGUCCGACCCCGGCAGGAACCGCCGCCUUCUGAUGACGCGAGGCCGCCUCGUGACGCGGUGAAGCACGGCCUCCGCAGGCCCGAAGCUGCGGAGAUUGGCCCCAAAACAAGUGAGGCAAUACCCUUCCCACACGGACGGCAGGGACAUGGCAAGUGGACAUCCAGCCCCGGGCGCUGCCGCCCACGGCCGCCCCAACACACCGCGACAGCGGCCGCGGUGACGCCGCCCCGCUCCGGGGCCGCGGGGAUGGACGCGGAGAGCGCCGGCGGCCGAGACAGCGCUGCAGGAGCAGGACCAGGAGGAGGAGGAGGAGGUGGACAGAGGGACUUCGUAUCCGUCCUCCCUCCCUAGGUGAGCUCCCGGAUUUUCGGCGGCCUGGACGUGGAGAGCCUGUGCCACGCGUCUUCGGCGUGCAAGGGCUGGUACUGCCUCAUCGAGGCCAACGGGCACCACUGCCUGGCCGUGCGGGCCGUCUGCCGGCGCGAGAUCGACUGCAACCUCGGGAAGGACUAUUCCUGGAAGAUCACAUUAUUGAGAAAGUACCGGAAAAACAAGGUGAAGCAAGAAUGGCUGAGAGGGAAAUAUAGCAACAUUCCUUCGCAACACAGCUUACCAGAGAAAAUCAUGUAUCCCAUGGACAUUGAUACAUGGGGAGAAAUCUUGGAAGCAGAACUUGAAAGAUAACAAACCAGUGCUGAUUCUUGCAACUCAAAAACCUUUUGCCAAUGACGCACAAACUGUUUGGCAAUUGUCAAACUGAUUUUGAGUGAUUUUUAACUGAUUUUGAACUGAUGAUGAAAGUUUCUCAGAAGAAGUUACAGGUGUCUUUUUCUUUGCAGUUUAUUGUAUUAAUUUUAUGUAAAAUUCUAAAUAAGACUAAAUGUUCAGUUGUAAUUUAUAUUUAUAAAUUUAAUGCUCUGCUGUAUUGUCAAAAA